AUUACGUCGACCCGAAUUGAGCCUGCUCCCGGACCAAACAAUUGCAGACCUUCCUUAUCGCCGAAUCGACGAUUUUCCUCCUAGCAGCCCAAAAUCGCGGUCACUGUGAGUGACGAUGGAAUGAAAUGAACGAAAUGAAGGUUGCAAUGGCGUCUCUCUCUCUUCUAAACAUAAUCUCUCCUCAAAGCGUUAACCUCAGAUAUUCCCUCUCACUCUUCCCUCGUAACAACAUCAGUUUUCGAGUCCCUAGCCCCAUAAUCAUCGGGAGAUCUCUCUCUACUGUUUCAACUUCAAUUGCAGACCACCAACCUUCGCUCUCUAAUAAUGGUUUUCUUAAGCCUUACCUUUCCGGUUCGAUGCCCGAAAGGAGACUUAAAGUCGUUGUUCUUCUCAGUGGAGGUGUCGACAGCAGCGUCGCACUUCGGCUUCUCCAUGCCGCCGGACAUUCCUGCACUGCCUUCUACCUCAAAAUCUGGUUUCAAGAAGACUAUGAAAACUUCUGGUCAGCUUGCCCAUGGGAAGAAGAUUUGAAAUAUGCAACAGCAGUGUGCGAACAGGUUGAUGUACCAUUAGAAAUCGUGCAUUUGUCUGAGGAAUAUUGGAACAAUGUGGUGUCUUACAUUAUUGAGGAGUACCGAUCUGGUCGCACACCUAACCCAGAUGUCCUCUGCAAUACGAGGAUCAAGUUUGGUGCCUUUUUGGACGCCAUCACCAAUAUAGAGUUUGACUAUAUUGCUUCUGGACAUUAUGCCAGAGUUAUUCACCCAUGUUCAGAUCAAAGUGAACGUCCUUCCAUCCUAGAAUUAUCAAAGGACAAGGUCAAGGAUCAAACCUACUUCCUUUCACAUCUCUCACAGGCUCAGCUGAGACGACUUCUUUUCCCCCUUGGAUGUAUCUCAAAGGAUGAAGUCCGUAAGAUUGCCGAAAAAAUGGAUCUUCCUAACAAAGAUAGAAAAGAUUCACAAGGGAUCUGUUUCCUUGGAAAGAUAAAGUUCAGUGAAUUUGUGGCAAGACACAUUGGAGAGAUGGAAGGUGUCUUGUUGGAAGCCGAAACUGGUGAUUUCCUUGGGAAACACCGGGGCUUUUGGUUCUACACAAUUGGUCAACGCCAAGGUCUGCGCCUUCCUGGAGGACCCUGGUAUGUUGUUGAGAAGGAUGUCAAAAACAAUGUUGUCUUUGUGUCAAGGAACUAUUUUUCUUUUGACAAAAGAAGGCGCAGAUUUCGUGUUGGCUCCCUGAAAUGGUUUUGUGGAUCAUGUCCAAACCAGCCGAAUGAGCUCCAGUGCAAGGUUCGACAUGGUCCAGGCGUUUAUGAUUGUAGUUUGACGUUGGACCCAGGAACAGAUGGCCCAGGAUUAUCUGCCUUUGUCCACUUAUCUGAAGAUGACCAGGGCUUAGCUGCUGGGCAGUUUGCAGCCUUCUACCAGGGAACAACCUGCUUAGGCUCUGGUGUGAUUCUGGAGUCUUGGGAUGACCAAGGCUUCCCUGUCUGCGCUAAGGCACUGGAAAUUGCGAGAAUGGAGGAUAAAUCAAGACUUGGGAAACCAGUGAAGAUAAAGUUUAAACCAGAAUCUCCUCCAAAGAUUUCUGAUUGUAAAGACAAUAAUGAACUUGACAGAGAAUCACUGAAUUCCCAAGUUAAUGUUACUGAUACAAGGAGACAAGCACCCCAUGGAUUAUUUAACAGUAUCAAUGUGAAUUGGCUGCAGAAGCUUAAAGAAAAGUGGUCGAGGAUAUUUUAAUCUUCUUGACAUUUGAUUGAUACUAGCAUGCGCUUGUUCUUUCUCAUCAGGCAUUUUGUGUUAUAUGUGCGGUAAGAAAUAUUUUCACUGAUGUCUGUUCUCUUUGGGCCACAGUAGUGGGCGGAGAGCCAGAGAGAGUCGGUCUCGGUUGUAAGGAAUAGAUGUGGCAACAGGGUCUACUCUUUAAGAAGUUGCCAAGCAUUUUUACCUUCGGGAGAUGGUUCUCUUAGCAAGCGACAUAAGGGAACACACCAAUGAGUUGCAACAAAAUGGGAUCGACCAAGUAGCCGGGUCAUCCAAUUCCAAGUGUGGAAUCCUUGUGUGAAACAGACCUAAUCCCCAUGACUGCGGAGAUUGUUCAAUAUCUUUUGAUUGACAUAGAGAAUAUGUUGUUCUUUAUUUUAUACUUGUGGAAACUAAUGAAGGUUCUAAUGUUAUAUUAAAAAUUAAAGUGUUA